GGGAGGAGGACGAGGAGGUAGGCGGGGACCGCCUUGGCCGCCGCCAGUCGCGCUCUCUGGCGUGCGUGAGGAGAGCCAGGGGAGCCCUCGCGAGGCAGCGCAGCCCGCCCGCUCGCUCGUUGGGCACCACAAGCCCGGCGUGAGGAGGCGAACGAGGCGGCGGCGGCGGCGGCUCUCCCACCACGCACCGAGCGGAGGGAGCAUGACUUCUGCAACUUCACCUAUCAUAUUAAAAUGGGAUCCCAAAAGUUUGGAAAUCAGGACCCUUACUGUGGAGAGACUGUUGGAGCCACUAGUUACACAGGUGACAACCCUUGUAAAUACAAGUAACAAAGGGCCAUCUGGUAAAAAGAAAGGUCGAUCUAAGAAGGCUCAUGUGCUGGCUGCUUCAGUUGAGCAAGCGACUCAAAACUUUUUGGAAAAAGGAGAACAGAUUGCAAAGGAGAGCCAGGACCUAAAAGAUGAACUGGUGGCUGCUGUGGAGGAUGUGCGAAAGCAAGGUGAAACGAUGAGAAUUGCUUCGUCUGAGUUUGCCGAUGAUCCCUGUUCCUCUGUCAAGCGAGGCACCAUGGUCCGAGCAGCACGGGCUCUGCUCUCAGCUGUCACUCGCCUGCUCAUCCUGGCUGACAUGGCAGAUGUCAUGAGGCUUUUGUCCCAUUUGAAAAUCGUAGAAGAAGCAUUGGAAGCCGUGAAGAAUGCCACAAAUGAGCAAGACCUUGCAAACCGCUUCAAAGAAUUUGGGAAAGAGAUGGUGAAGCUUAACUAUGUAGCUGCUAGAAGACAACAGGAACUCAAGGAUCCCCACUGUCGGGAUGAAAUGGCUGCUGCUCGUGGUGCCCUGAAGAAGAAUGCCACCAUGCUUUAUACUGCUUCUCAAGCUUUCCUCCGUCACCCUGACGUAGCAGCAACCAGAGCUAACCGGGAUUACGUCUUUAAGCAAGUCCAAGAAGCUAUUGCUGGCAUCUCAAAUGCUGCUCAGGCCACCUCACCAACUGAUGAAAACAAGGGACACACUGGCAUUGGGGAACUCGCUGCAGCACUGAAUGAGUUUGAUAACAAGAUCAUUUUAGACCCCAUGACAUUCAGUGAAGCCCGAUUUCGACCAUCUCUUGAAGAGAGGUUGGAGAGCAUUAUCAGCGGUGCAGCGCUCAUGGCCGACUCCUCCUGUACUCGUGAUGACCGGCGGGAGAGAAUUGUAGCUGAGUGCAAUGCUGUACGACAAGCCCUCCAGGACUUGCUUAGUGAAUACAUGAAUAAUACUGGAAGGAAGGAGAAAGGAGACCCACUUAACAUAGCAAUUGACAAGAUGACCAAGAAAACAAGAGAUCUACGAAGACAGCUCCGGAAAGCAGUGAUGGAUCAUAUAUCUGAUUCUUUCCUCGAGACCAACGUUCCAUUACUGGUUCUCAUCGAAGCAGCCAAGAGUGGUAAUGAGAAAGAAGUGAAGGAAUAUGCUCAAGUGUUCCGCGAACACGCCAACAAGUUAGUGGAGGUUGCCAAUUUGGCCUGUUCAAUUUCCAAUAACGAAGAAGGUGUAAAAUUAGUCCGCAUGGCAGCAACCCAGAUUGAUAGUCUGUGUCCACAGGUGAUAAACGCAGCCCUGACAUUGGCUGCCAGGCCCCAAAGCAAAGUGGCCCAAGACAACAUGGACGUCUUCAAAGACCAGUGGGAGAAGCAAGUGCGGGUUCUCACCGAGGCCGUCGAUGACAUCACUUCUGUGGAUGAUUUCCUCUCUGUCUCAGAAAACCACAUUCUGGAGGAUGUCAACAAAUGUGUGAUUGCACUGCAAGAGGGAGAUGUUGACACGCUGGACAGGACCGCAGGGGCAAUCCGAGGCCGUGCAGCCAGGGUCAUCCAUAUCAUUAACGCCGAGAUGGAAAACUAUGAAGCUGGGGUUUACACGGAGAAGGUGCUAGAAGCGACAAAGUUGCUUUCCGAAACAGUUAUGCCACGUUUUGCCGAACAAGUUGAAGUCGCCAUUGAAGCCCUGAGUGCGAACGUCCCACAGCCGUUUGAAGAGAACGAGUUCAUAGACGCCUCCCGCUUGGUUUAUGAUGGAGUUCGCGACAUAAGGAAAGCUGUUCUGAUGAUAAGGACUCCCGAAGAGCUAGAGGAUGAUUCUGACUUUGAGCAGGAAGAUUACGAUGUUCGCAGCCGGACGAGUGUUCAGACUGAAGACGAUCAGCUUAUCGCCGGCCAGAGUGCAAGGGCUAUCAUGGCCCAGCUUCCCCAGGAGGAGAAGGCUAAAAUAGCAGAGCAAGUAGAGAUAUUCCACCAAGAAAAGAGCAAACUGGAUGCCGAAGUGGCCAAGUGGGACGACAGUGGCAACGAUAUCAUUGUGCUGGCCAAGCAGAUGUGUAUGAUCAUGAUGGAGAUGACAGACUUCACUAGGGGUAAGGGACCAUUAAAGAAUACAUCUGAUGUCAUUAAUGCUGCCAAGAAGAUUGCAGAAGCUGGCUCAAGAAUGGACAAAUUGGCCCGUGCUGUGGCUGAUCAGUGUCCCGAUUCAGCCUGUAAGCAAGAUCUCUUAGCGUACCUGCAGCGCAUCGCCCUGUACUGUCACCAGCUUAAUAUCUGUAGCAAGGUGAAGGCGGAAGUUCAGAACCUGGGAGGAGAACUGAUUGUCUCGGGGACUGGAGUUCAAAGCACUUUCAAUACCUUUUAUGAGGUAGAGUGUGAUGUCAUAGAUGGGGGCAGGGCUAGUCAACUUUCUACCCACCUAUCCACCUGUGCUGAGGGAGCUACGCUUGCAAACGGAGGCGGUGACUCUUCCAUGCUCGACAGUGCCACCUCCCUCAUCCAAGCAGCUAAAAACCUGAUGAAUGCCGUGGUCCUUACUGUGAAAGCUUCCUAUGUGGCUUCGACCAAAUAUCAGAAGGUCUAUGGCACGGCCGCCGUCAACUCGCCUGUUGUGUCUUGGAAGAUGAAGGCGCCGGAAAAGAAACCUCUAGUCAAGAGAGAAAAGCCGGAGGAAUAUCAGACAAGAGUGAGGAGAGGUUCUCAGAAGAAACACAUUUCUCCGGUACAGGCUCUAAGUGAAUUUAAAGCGAUGGAUUCCUUCUAAUUCACUAGGCUUCAACCUUUGAGGGGUUUUCUAUUUCCUUCCUUGUUUCUUUUUGUAUGCGUACCUGCCAACUUGUAUUCAUCUGGCAUGGGGGAGAAAAGAAUAAUGAAGCAGUUUCAAUGUGCAUGCAGUCCAAGACUCUAUUAAAGUCAUUAAACAGUCCGCAGUUUCCCUUUCAAAAAGACACAUGGCGAUUCUUAAGUUAAAUAGAGGUCCAUCAUGCUGACCUUUGUAUUUCCCCCAAGAGCAUAAAAUAAUGAUGAUGAUAAUAAUAAUAAUCGGCUCCCCUCCCAAAAAAAUAUUGUAUUGUAAGAACCGUGGUGGGGGAAUGGGAGACAGUCAACUCUGAAGGGUGGAAAGCAAAUCCUUAAUGCAUGCAAGAAACAUUAGGUUGGCAGGUAUAUUUAUAGGUGGGAAUCCUGGAAAUGGUAGACCAUAAAACCUGUAUUGCUUUUGUUACAGUGUAAUCAUGUAACUAGCCAAUAUGCUUGGAUGUGUGGCCCGAGUAAUGAGACGAUUUUAACUUUGAGUCAUCUUCAUUAUGAUAUGUGGAUUUUUAACCAAGAUGAUUUUUUAAAAAUUAACAAUUCCUUUAACUCUCAUUUUCUUUCCUUUUUUUGUUUCUAGUAGUGUUAAUGAUGAUUCUGUUUCAACGAUGAUGACUUGAACAAAGUUAUUCUCUUUUUUAAUUGUUUUCUUUUUGCCAACUGGAUUCUUUUUUUCUGGUGGAGUUCGAAGCACAACUUGGUGGUUGACAUUGCCUUUUGUAUUAUUAUUAUUAUAUUAUUAUUAUUAAUAUUAUUAUUAUUAGAAAUAGAAGAACCGGUGAUGGAAUGUGUAGAGACAUGGAAACUGACACGUGUGAGAAUUUAGAGGCAAAUGUGUAGGUGUAGCUCUGGAUUACAAGGUAUCUGAUAUACCGUGGUAACCGCUAACUCUCAAUAAACUUAUUUAACCUUGGAA